AUGACCAGGCUUCUUUCUACUUCACAGCUUAAUCAGCUUGCCCACAUUAGAGAGCAAGAGGUGAUGAAACUUAUGGAAUCAUUAAUUAAUAUUUCUAGAGAAGGUGAAGUUUAUGAUUUGAAGCCACUGCUAACAGCAUUGACAAAUAAUAUUGUUUGUAGAAUGGGUAUGAGCAUAAGAUGCUCGGAGAAUGCUGAUGAAGCUAAGGAAGUGAUCAAAGAUUUGGCUGAUGAAGUUUCAGAGCUUGGAGGCAAGUUAACUGUAGAAAAAUUUGAUCGGAAGAUGGAGAGGAUCAUUAAGGAGCAUGAAAAGAAGAAGGACAUGAAAGGCAAUGUUGAAGGACAGGGGAGUAAUGAUUUGAUGGAUAUCCUAUUAGAAAUUUCAAGAGACUCAAAUGCUGAAAUGAAGUCAACCACCAAGGAAAUCAAGGCGUUCUUCCUAUAUUAUAAAGAUCAUGGCUGGCACCAUACAUCAUCACUAGGCGUGGUAUGGGCCUUAGCAGAGGUGAUAAAUAAUCCAAGAAUUUUCAAGAGACUAAGGGAAGAAAUUAAUUCAGUUGUGGUGUCAAACAGACUAGUUAAGGAAUCAGAUAUCCCACAUCUCCCAUACUUACGAGCAGUUGUGAAAGAAAGGUUAAGACUACACCCUCCAGGACCUGCAGUACUGCUUAGACAAUGCAUUGAAGAUUGCAACAUAAAUGGCUUUGAUUUAAAGGGAAAAACCAGGAUCUUAAUCAAUGUUUACACCAUUAUGAGGGAUCCAAGUAAAUGGACAGAUCCUGAUGAGUUCAUUCCAGAGAGGUUCAUGGGGAACAGCCCUUCGCAAAAUCAAAUGCAAAUGAAAGGACUAGAUUUUGGUUAUCUUCCGUUUGGGAGUGGAAGGAGAGGAUGCAUUGGUGCAUCACUUGCUUCAAUGGUGGCCCAUGCCACUAUUAGAGGGUUGGUCCAAUGUUUUGAAUCGGGAAGUCGAGGGUGGUGA